CAUUCUCUGCUUGCGCUUUUGCGCCAAGGACAUGGACUUGUGUUACUCUCUCUCCAUUCUACGCAUCAGCUGCGCUCGGCAGCACACAUGGUGCCCAAAUGAACCCUCGCUCUGACGGAUCGUCCAAAAUACAAUGGAUUAACAGAAAAGACAUGAAUGUCCGCAAGGAUGAUGGCAUUAGCCUGUGCCAAAGGGCUCUCCAAAUAGUAACGGAGCUAUGCCUCGCCGGGCACGUCGAUCGGGAGAAAUGCGUGGAUAUAUUUCCACUGGAGAGCAACAUACCAGGUAAAGGAAAUUCAGACAUCUCUGUAAGUCUCCUAGCGGUGGUUGUAGGUUUCUGUGGGCUCGCCCUUUUGGUUGUCUCUCUCUUUGUCUUUUGGAAGCUGUGCUGGCCCAUUUGGAGAAGCAAGGCACUCUCGACCAAUGCUGACAACUGCCCACAGGGGGUGCUACCUGAGGCACCCCCGGCCCUGCCUCCUGUGUCUCGUUCUGUUUCUCCUCAUUCUGACACCAAGGCAGUUGCAAUUGCGGGAACACAGCUAUCACAACACCAGCAGGACGAUGAGGAUGAGAAGAAAAGAAUGGUGCCGGAGGUAAAGGUCAACGGUCGCAGCUCAGUUAAGCUCCUAGAGGCAGCCAUGAAGAUCAGCCAGACAUCACCAGACAUCCCUGCUGAGGUGCAGCAGGCUCUGCGUGAUCGUCUGAGCAAGCAGGCCAAGAUCCAGCGGCAGACUACCGAACCUACCUCUUCAUCCAGGCACAAUUCUUUCCGCCGACACCUGCCACGGCAGAUGAAUGUGACCAGCGUGGACUUCACCAUGGGUACUCUACCUGUGCGGCAGUCUUCUGCGGUCAGUAUUGGCCGUAUUAAACCUGAGCUUUACAAGCAGAAGUCAGUGGACUCUGAAGAGGGGUCAAAGGAGCAGGUGGAAACCUGUGGCAAGCUGAGCUUCGCCCUCAGCUAUGACUAUGAGGAGCAAGCUCUUGUUGUUCGAAUUCUAAAGGCCCUUGAUCUGCCCGCUAAAGACUUCACAGGCACCUCCGACCCCUACGUGAAGAUCUACCUGCUUCCUGAGCGCAAAAAGAAGUUUCAGACAAGGGUCCACCGCAAGACACUUAACCCAACAUUUGACGAGAUGUUCUGCUUCCCUGUGGAGUACAGUGAGCUGUGCAAUCGCAAGUUGCACUUCAGUGUGUAUGACUUUGACCGCUUCACGAGUCAUGAUAUGAUCGGUGAGGUGGUGGUUGACAACCUCUUUGAGCUGUCUGACCUAUCACGUGAAGCUGUGGUUUGGAAGGACAUCCUUGCUGCCACUACAGAGAGUGUGGAUCUUGGUGAAAUCAUGUACUCCCUUUGCUAUCUUCCCACGGCUGGACGCAUGACUCUUACCGUCAUCAAGUGUCGUAAUCUAAAAGCCAUGGAUAUAACUGGCUACUCAGAUCCAUAUGUUAAAGUCUCCCUCAUAUGUGACGGUCGGAGACUUAAGAAGCGGAAGACAACCACCAAAAAGAACACACUCAACCCAGUUUAUAACGAGGCCAUCAUUUUUGACAUACCACCUGAAAAUGUAGAGCAGGUCAGCCUGUCAAUCACGGUGAUGGAUUAUGACAGAGUUGGACACAAUGAAGUGAUAGGGGUGUGCAGGGCGGGGCCAGAUGCAGAGGGUCUUGGGAGGGACCAUUGGAACGAGAUGCUAGCUUACCCACGCAAGCCCAUCACCCACUGGCAUGCACUGAAUGAGCUUCUGUCUUUGCAGUGGCCAGGAAGAGCAUCCAGUUUUGAGAGUCAAGGAUCAUUUCCAUCCCCCAAACCCCCACAGACCCCAUAACAACUACGAGGUCCCACAAUCCUAAUUACAACACACAUUUGGUUUGUAUAAUUAAUAGGGUAUAUUAUUUCUCUAGUUGUAGCUUGUAACAUUGAAUUUUAUUCAAACUAUACAGUACUGGUAUCCCUGCUACAUAUACAAACAAGGAUGCUCUUAGAGUUUCUCAAACAAAUUCUUUUUAAACUGGUGCUGAGUUUUUUCACUCCUUAAACAAAUGUUUUCAGGUCACUUUGAAGCUGACAGUGAAAUGAUGUGGUAAAACAGCGAAGCCUCUUGCUGUCUGACAGUAUAAUGAUGCCAUGUCAUUUUACUGACAGAUGAAAUUACAGUGUUUUUUCAUUUCAAAUUUUUGAGUUUCUGACAAAUGCUCUCCUUGUGAAAACAUGAUCAUACGUGAAGCCGACAUGAUGUUUCCGAUAGUUUCAGUACUCUAGGAUCGGCGACUGUAUGCUGACCCGCUGACGUGCCACUUAUCAGACAUGUUUGCAGUGGUGUCAAUAUGUUUACAUUUCCACCUGGCGUGAUUGGCAGCACGUUUCAUCAGCUGCGUGGGAGACAAAGGUUCAAAGGCAGGCAGUAACCACAUUUUAAAUAAUCAAUGACGAGCAUGAUUCAGAGAUUUCACUUUUACCUCUAACAUUACUUUUCUACUCCACUAAAGGUUAAGGUAAGAUUUGGGUAGGGGGAUAGAAUCUAUAAAUAUAUGCUUUUCUCUUCAUUGUAUAAAAUCCUGUAAAGCUGAAAAUAACAUGUUUCACUACUAGCUUUUGACGGACUCUCUUGACAUAAAUGGAGCUUGCAUGUGCCCAAUAUGCCCUACAACACUUACCACUUUGGCCACUGGAGUCAGUGUUUCGGAAUUUCGGUCAAUGUAUACCGAUUUUGACAAAAGAAAAGUCUAUCUACUUUUUCCAAUUUCACUUUGAGAUCAGGUUGAAAUAUUUGACAAAUUUGAUUCAGGGUUAGCGUAGUAAAAAGAAAAAGCUUUGAAAUAUGAAAUCAGGACUUGUUUGGCAUGGAGGUUACACUGAAUCAAGAUUACUAUUAUUACUUACAGUAUAAAGCAUCUAAAACGUCUUUACUCAAAGAAUAGAUUAGACUAGUUAAAAAAAAUGUUUUUUUUUCAACAAUGACACAUCAGUCACUUGAGAUAUCAAGGUGUUAUUACUGACAUAUCACAUUGUGCUUUAUCUAUGGCAGACUGCUUUUGCACAUUAUGAAAGGUGGAUUUUAAUUUUACAGUCUGUAUUAACUAAUCUGAGAUUAAGAAGAAAGGAGAGAGAGAGCCUCUGAGUCUAUAUUUGAGUCUAGCUUUUAUCAAUACUACCAGUGAUGGGUGUAUUAGAUUACAAAGUAAUUAGUUACUGUAAUAGAUUACUUUUAGUCAAAAAGGUAAUGUAAUGCAUUAUAUUGUAAAUUCUUGUAAUCAGAUUACAGUUACGGAGUUUAGUUUUAAAGUAAUUACAUUACUUGAACUGAAGUAAUAUGUAUAAUACAUUUAAAGUAUUCAUUUAUAUGUAGGUCUGUUAGCGUUUCUGUGACAGCUGAAGGGUGUAUGACAAUGAAUGAGGAGAAAAUAUAGGCAUUUUGAAUUUGAGUGGAAAACCAAAAACAUUUCUAAGCAAAUUGAUUUAGAAAGAAACUUAAAAGUAAAAUAAUUAAUAAUGUGAUUACUUUUCAGUAAAGUAUUAUUACAUUUUUAGAGAAGUAAUUCGUUGUGGGUUUCUUAUUUUGAGUAACUUACACAACACUGACUUCUACAUACGUUAUAAAUAUACUUAUUGAAAUCAUUUGCUUGUUGAUAGCUUCUAAGUACACUUUUCUGAAUAAAAACAGCUAUAUACAUGUAUUUUGAAUUAUAAACACAAUAUAAAUGUAAUCAAAAGUAUUCAGUAGCCAUUCUCUUCUUAGAAUUAACACGUGUGUGUAUAUCAUAUCUGUAUCUCCAAAGUUGGUGUCUGCCCGUUUCCUUGAAAAAAAUCCAAUAAUACAUUUCAUGAAAUAGAUUGAGAAGCUGGAUUUCUCACUUUCCUCAUCUUCCACCAAAGAAAAAGGGAUACUAAAAACUAAAUUACAAACAGAGAUAUAAAAUCAUUUUUCAUGGGUGUAGGCACCAAAAUCCUCUAGUGUAGACUCGGCCAUUGAUUAGAUUGAAUGACGCCAUGCCUUUAAUAGCAGUCAUGAUGUGCCAAACUGUCCCAGAUUUGACACACUUUUGAUUGAACAAAUCUAAAUAAAUUUGAAAACCUAAAAAACACAGACAGGACGAAUCUCAGUUACCUCCGCGUCUGGCCGUGUCUGACUGUCAAUCCAUGCAUUUUAUCACGUGGGUUAUUGAGUGCAUUACCGUGGAGACAUAGCUUGUGUGGAGGCUUCACGCUAUUCUCCGCGGCAUCCAUGCACAACUCACCAUGCACCCCACAGAGAGCAAGAACCACACAUUAUAGCGACCACGAGGAGGUUACCCCAUAUCAUUCUACCCUCCCUAGCAACCAGGCCAAUUUGGCUGCUUAGGAGACCUGGCUGGAGUCAAAACUUGAAUUUUCAAUUAAUCGUUACCAUCUAAAGCAAUUCAUGUUAUUGAAAUAUUUCUUUCAAGGAAGAACUGUGAAAUGAGAAGAAGUACUGUCACAAAAUACAAUUCAUGAAAUAUUUACACAUUGUGGUAAUUUAAUGGGUGGACUAUAGAGACAAUAGAGAGACAAAAACGUAAUUUACUUUUGCCUGUUGAUUGGUGCCUAAUGUGGUUGAAUUUUGUUGUAUCAUUGCAGUGAAUUGUUCAUUGUGUGAAAUCAUCCAGCAUUUAUUCAGUCAUUAUGCAAAUAAUAUGGCACACCAUGGUAAUUGCACACCUACUUACUGUAUCUUUUUACAGCUGGACUCUUGAUUGGGUUGUCUGAGUAUUACUUGUGUGUCCAUAAGUAAUAAUGCAAUCAAACAUGGCAAUUACACAAAAGGCUGUGUACUGUUAACUGAAUUGCACAUUAAGACAGUGCUUCUACCCAGAGCUCGGUCAGAGUAACAGAACAAAGAUAAUGUAUUCUUGUAGCAUGCUGAUACCAGUACCUAGAGUUGAUUGAUAUCAUUUAGAAAUGUAGACUCUUAUUAUUCCUCAAGAGUUAUUCUUUUUUAUUUAGUUUAGUUUUGCCAGUGCUGAUGUGUGUGUAUACUUGAGAAUUUCUUUAACAAUUGUUAUCUUGUUAAAGUGCAUUUCUAUGGAUUGUUUGGUGGUGAUUUGUACUAUGGGCUUGUGAUCUUGAAUAACUUUAUACACAAUUUGCCUAUAUUGUGUAAUGGCUUCUCAAAAUGUAAACCUGUUUUGAUUAGUAAUCAACUUCAUGGGAUUAUUUCUUGUUGAGCUAUUGAUGAAUCGCUUCUGCUAUGUUGUUAUGAUGUGUACAGUUUGUGAUAACUUUUGUAAACAAAAAAUUGCAGUAAAUAUUUGAAAUAUAAUUUUACUGGAUGUUUCAAAUGUAUUUUAACUAA